AUAUCACAUUCGUAGUUUGAAAUUGAUUCUAUAGACAUCUAAUUAAUAAAUGGGUGAUAGAUUAAACAUAAUAGGCUAUUAUAGGUGGUUGAUAUUCCUGUUCAGUUUCAGUAAUUUAGACAAAAUUUAAUUAAGUAAAUUUUUAGCCGUUUAUUUCUUUUAAUCAGAAAGUAUUAAUCGUACCUAUAGAUAUAUUUUUAAUUUUACUAUUUGAUAAAUUUAAAUUAAUACCCAAUCAAUAUGUUGCACUUCAACACGAUCCCCGAAGACUACGUGAAGAAAACUGCGCAAUGCGCUCAGUUGGCAUUGGGUUGCAGCCGAGCGGCGCACCAAACUGCGCUGAGGGGCGCCGCCACGCCAGCGCAGUUGGCAUCGCUCACACCCAAGGUCCGUGCGUUUGUGGAGCGCAGUGCGGCGCUGUGCCAGCCUGACCACGUGCACGUGUGUGACGGCUCCGAAGCGGAGGCCGACGCGCUCCUGCAGUUCAUGCAGAAGCAAGGCACCCUCAAAUCCCUCAAGCAGUAUGAUAACUGUUGGCUGGCCCGCACCGACCCGGCUGAUGUGGCCCGCGUGGAGUCCCGCACCUUCAUCUGCUCCGAGAAUGAGCGGGACGUGGUCCCGGCCGCCCGAAUCGGCCAGAAGUCCGCUUUGGGAAACUACAUCGCGCCCAGUGACUACGAGAAUGCGGUGGCUGAUCGGUUCCCUGGCUGCAUGAAAGGUCGCACGAUGUACGUGAUCCCGUUUUCGAUGGGUCCCGUGGGAUCUCCACUGUCCAAGAUCGGAGUCGAGUUGACUGACUCUCCCUACGUCGUCUACUCCAUGAGGGUCAUGACCAGGAUCGGCAGCAAAGUUUUGGAGGCAUUGCGUCAAGACGAAACCUUUGUGAAGUGUCUGCAUGCGGUGGGCCACGCCGGGGUCCCGGGCUGGCCCUGCGACCCUCAGCGCACCAUCAUCUUACACAAGCCUGCUGACGACGAAAUUGUCAGUUUUGGAAGUGGUUAUGGCGGCAACAGCUUGCUUGGCAAGAAGUGCUUCGCUCUCCGGCUGGGCUCUGUCAUCGCUAGACGUGAGGGAUGGCUCGCUGAACAUAUGUUGAUCGUAGGCAUCACCAACCCGCAAGGCCGUAAACGCUACAUAGCGGCCGCUUUCCCCUCGGCCUGCGGGAAGACCAACCUCGCCAUGAUGACGCCUACCCUGCCCGGGUACAAGGUGGAGUGUGUCGGCGACGACAUCGCGUGGAUGAAGUUCGAUAAAAACGGAGUGCUGAGGGCUAUUAACCCGGAAAACGGCUUCUUUGGAGUUGCUCCUGGCACAUCAGAAGCCACCAACCCAAUUGCAAUGUCGACAAUAUUCCGCAACACCGUGUUCACCAACGUGGCCGAGACUGAGGAAGGUGGCGUGUGGUGGGAAGGCAUGGGCAGGGCUCCGGCCAAGCUGACGGACUGGAAGGGGCAGGCCUGGACUCCUGAGAGCAAAACUCCAGCUGCGCACCCUAACUCCAGAUUCUGUACACCAGCAGACCAGUGCCCAAUAAUUGAUAGUGAAUGGGAAAGUGCAGAGGGAGUGCCAAUUUCUGCCAUCUUGCUUGGCGGGAGACGACCAGCCGGCGUGCCUUUAGUCGUUGAGGCCAGAGAUUGGAAACACGGCGUCUUCAUGGGCGCUUCUAUGAGAUCUGAAUCCACCGCUGCAGCUGAACACAGCGGUAAAGUGGUAAUGAACGAUCCAUUUGCGAUGCGUCCGUUCUUCGGCUACAAUUUCGGCGAGUACCUGAAACAUUGGUUGUCUAUGCCCCAGGCUGGACGCAAAAUGCCGAAGAUCUUCCACGUCAACUGGUUCCGUAAGAACGAUGAGGGUAAAUUCCUAUGGCCUGGUUUCGGCGACAACUCUCGUGUUUUGGACUGGGUUCUCCGCCGCUGUGACAACGAGCCGUGCUACACUGAAACUCCGCUUGGAUAUGUACCUAGGGAGGGAGACCUUAAUACUCAGGACCUCGGACCUAUUGACAUGAACACGCUGUUCAGCAUACCAAAAGACUUCUGGUUGCAAGAGGCUGAUGCUAUCGGAAAAUAUUUCAAGGAAGAAGUCGGAUCAGAUUUACCUAAAGAAAUGUGGGAUGAGCUCGAGACUCUAAGGAAGAAAGUUAAAUCUUCAUAAACUAGAAUACCAAAGAUAUUUACGAUGCUUCGCAUUUAUGCAGAAUAAGAUCUAGCACAUAAUUUAUAAUAAAUAUAUAGAAUGAAAUAAAUAAGGGGAAUGCUUAGUAUGCCGUAUGUUGUGAAGAUAAAUGAUUACCAUCUUUGCAAAGGCAUAUUGAAUUGAGGAGAAAUACGAGGGCUGUGUUAGUAAAUUAAUAUAACUAUAAGGAUUUUAGAAUUAGAUCUACUUAAAUUAAUGUACAUAUUAAAUUUUAUAAAAAAAAAAUCAAAUAAAAAAGGCAUAUACUUUA